AACAAAAUUAAACCAACGUUACUCCAGACUGGUCACUGGUUUUACACAUCUCUGGACUCUGGAGCCCUAAGGAAAUUGCCAUCCCCUUCCUAAGGAUGGCAGCCACUCGGAGUCGUAAUGAUACUCGAUGUCCGAGAGGGGAUAAGAGUUUCUGAGACUUCUAUACUGUCUUCUGUUUCUCGAGUUCUCCCUCUGGCUGGAAAUCUCUACUGCUCAUAAGCGGUGCCGAGAGCCUCAUAAAAAAUGUCAUAAGAAUGAGUCUGAUAAUUCCAACGGAUAAUCAUCUCUUCAAUGGCCGAGUUCCCCAGAUCCCUCUCUCCGAAGCGAGUUCUGAAGCUCCUCAAAGCGGAGAAAAACCCUCACUCUGCGCUCGCUGUAUUCGACUCAGCGACUCGCCACCCGGGUUACGCUCACUCCCCCAGUGUGUUCCACCAUAUCCUGCGCCGACUCGUGGACCCGCGAUUCAUUGCCCACGUGAGUCGGGUCGUUGAACUGAUCCGAGCCCAGAAAUGCCAGUGCUCAGAAGACGUUGCGUUGACGGUGAUCAAGGCCUAUGCGAAAAACUCUAUGGCCGAUAAAGCUUUGGCUGUGUUUCAACAAAUGGACGAUAUUUUUGGCUGUAAACCGGGUAUAAGAUCGUACAACUCCCUUCUCAAUGCUUUAAUUGAGUCGGGCCAGUGGGACCGUGCCGAGUCGUUUUUGGCGUACUUUGAGAUGGUUGGUGUGACCCCGAAUCUACAAACUUACAAUAUCUUGAUCAAGAUUUCGUGUAAAAAGCAGCAGUUUGAGAAGGCAAAGGUGUUGCUCGAUUGGAUUUGGAACAAGGGUUUGAAUCCUGAUGUUUUUAGCUACGGCACUCUGAUUAAUGGGCUUGCAAAGGCUGGGUGUCCACGCAAUGCGUUGGACUUGUUCGAUGAAAUGCCCAUGAGAGGGUUGGAACCUGAUGUUAUGUGUUAUAACAUUUUGAUUGACGGGUUUUUCAAGAAAGGAGAUUUUGUCAAGGCAAUGGAGAUUUGGGAGAGGUUAUUGGGGGCAUCUUCAGUGUAUCCAAAUGUUGUUACGUAUAAUGUUAUGAUCAAUGGAUUGUCUAAAUGUAGGAUGUUCAACGAUUGUUUGGAAAUAUGGAAUAGGAUGAAGAAAAAUGAGCGGCAUUGCGAUUUGUUUACUUACAGUACUUUGAUACAUGGCUUGUGCGAAGCCGGUAAUGUUGAUGGGGCUGAAAGAGUUUAUAAAGAGAUGGUUGAGCGUGGGGUCUCUCCUGAUAUAGUAUUGUAUAAUUCAAUGCUUAAUGGAUUUUGUCGAGCAGGGAAGGUUAAGGAGGGAUUUGAGUUAUGGGAGAUGAUGGGGAAGGAUGGUUGCCGUAAUGUUGUCAGUUAUAACAUAUUUCUUAGAGGGUUAUUUGAUAGCGGUAAGGUUGAUGAAGCAAUGUCUAUUUGGGAACUCUUGCCGGAGAAGGGUUGCUGUGCAGAUUCAACCACUUAUGGAGUGUUAAUUCAUGGGUUGUGUAGGAAUGGGUACCUUACCAAGGCUUUAUGGAUUUUGAAAGAGGCUGAAAAUGGGGAAGGUGAUCUUGAUGCUUUUGCGUAUACCUCGGUUAUCAAUGGCCUAUGCAAAGAAGGGAGAUUAGAUGAAGUGGCUCAAGUUGUGGAUCGGAUGGAUAAGCAUGGCUGUAAAAUGAAUCCUCAUGUUUGCAAUGCACUUCUUAAUUGGUUCAUCAGAGCUUCCAAACUUGAGGAUGCAAUUCGCAUUUUUGGGGAAAUGGGAGCUAAGGGUUUCUCUCCAACUGCUGUCUCCUAUAACAUUCUCAUAAAUGGUUUAUGCAAAGCUGAAAGAUUUAGUGAGGCGUAUUCUUUUGUGAAGGAAAUGCUGGAGAAGGGCUGGAAGCCAGACGUAAUCACGUAUAGCUUGCUGAUGGACGGACUUUUUCAAGGCAAAAAAAUGGACAUGGCCCUCAACUUGUGGCACCAGUUUCUCAACAAAGCUUUCAAACCUGACGUAACUAUGUACAACGUUAUGAUUCAUGGACUUUGCUCUGCUGGCAAAGUUGAAGUUGCUUUGCAGCUCUAUUUCAAGAUGAAGCAGUGGAACUGUAUUCCAAAUCUUGUGACCCACAAUACCCUUAUGGAGGGGCUCUACAAAGCCCGAGACUGUGAGAAGGCAUCAGAGAUCUGGGCUCUCAUCUUAAAAGAUGGGUUACAGCCGGAUAUCAUUUCCUAUAAUAUUACUCUGAAGGGGCUUUGUUCUUGCCUGAGGAUAUCAGAUGCUAUUGGGUACUUAAACCAUGCUUUGGAUCACGGAAUUCUUCCAACUGCCAUUACGUGGGAUAUACUUGUAAGAGCGGUGCUUAGUAAUGGAGCUUCGACAUGAUUAUCAAAAUAAGUAAUGGGGCUUCGACAUGAUCUGUUUUGACUUUUCGAAUCUUUUAGCUGGUUAUUACAGAUGCCCAGAUCUCUUCUGUUGAUCCAAGGUUCAAGUGCUUGUUUCCAGCAUUCGUCCUAAAGAACAUAGGCAUGGAGUCUGGAGAUGUCUUGGAGUUCUCCUUAAUGAUGGAUAACUUAUGUAUGAACUGAGAUAGCAAAGCCACUAGAAUUGCUCCAAGAACAGCGACCUUUCGCCAAUCAGAAGUAGAGGACAGGAAAGAAUCUGCAAUGCUAAUGACUAUCAGGCCUAUUAAUGCGAGGUAAAUAUUCCUCCUGGUUUUUGAUCCGGCGUUCUUUUUAGUAACCUCUUUUAUCUUCUCCAUUUCCUCUUUUGCUUCUGAUUUUUCUGCAGGUGUCCUUUGCCUCAGGUUCUUGAAGAACAGCCAUUCAUUCCGGUCUUUCUCCAUUUGGCCUUCAAACUCUGCUACCUCGUUUUCGUUCUUCUCAAUCUCUAGUCUGUUCAAUUCUGAGGAUUCCUCAAAAGCCUGCAUGCGGCUCUCAAUAUUCUCCAUUAUCUGCCAAACAGAAAUGAAAAUCAGAAACAAGUGGGUUACUUUUUUUUGGUCUAUAAUCAUAUCGCACGAUUUGCAUGCAGAAUUAAGAAGUUCAACAAACCCUGGCACUAGCUUCAUCCAGUCCUUUGAGGGCAUCUUCUCCAAUCUUGUCAAACUCCGCAUUGGCUUCUUCGCCAAACUGUGAGAGAUAAGCUGACCUUUCAUCCAAGUAGUCGGUGAGACGGACUUUCUGAGCCUGAAGCAUCGCUAUUCUUGCAAGCAGCUCUUGCUUGCGGGUAUCUCCUUCGGGAAAAGAAGCCUCUGAAUUUGAAUCAUCGUUGGGCUUGCUGAGGCACAGGAAAGAAAUCUUUUUGUUGAGGGGUCUUUUUGUGUGGAAAAUUCCAUGUUUGGUUGCAAUGAAAGAGGUUUGCAUGGUUUUGAUGGCUACCAUCUUUUAAUGUCUUUCUUCUUCGCGAGAGAUAGAGAGAUAUGGUAUGAGAUGUUUUAUAUAUACGGUAUUUUGUAUUAAGCUUUUUGAACCUCUCGUUUUAUUUAUGCAUUAUCCGUUUGGAGCCU